GGGCCAGCUGCUGCUUACACUUGCUUCUGACACAACCGUGUUCACUAGCAACCACACAAACAGACACCAUGGUGAAUUUGUCUGGUGACGAGAAGAACGCAGUCCACGGCCUGUGGAGCAAGGUGAAGGUGGACGAAGUUGGCGGUGAGGCCCUGGGCAGGCUGCUGGUUGUCUACCCCUGGACUCGGAGGUUCUUUGAGUCCUUUGGGGACCUGUCCACUGCUGAUGCUGUCAUGAACAACCCUAAAGUGAAGGCCCAUGGCAGUAAGGUGCUAAACUCCUUUGGUGAUGGCCUGAGUCAUCUCGACAACCUCAAGGGCACCUAUGCUAAGCUGAGCGAGCUGCACUGUGACAAGCUGCACGUGGACCCUGAGAACUUUAGGCUCCUGGGCAACGUGCUGGUGGUUGUGCUGGCUCGUCACUUUGGCAAGGAAUUCACCCCGGACCUGCAGGCUGCCUAUCAGAAGGUGGUGGCGGGUGUGGCCAAUGCCCUGGCCCACAGAUACCACUAAGCUUCCUUUCCUGAUUUCCAGGAGGGGCUUACUUGUCCUCAGAGCCCAAAAACUGAAUCUGGAAAAACUUAUGAAGAAUUUUGAGCAUCUGGCCUCUGUCUAAUAAAAACAUUUAUUUUCAUUGCA